CGCCAAAACAAAUCAUUUUCUUCAUCGGGGCGGACUUCAUAGUACAAAGCGACUGCAGCGGGUAACCGCCGGUAAUGUCUGUAAUCGGAUGGUAUGGACCUCUAAUUGAUCUUUCCGAAGUUGCUCUUCACGUUGGCGAUUUUGUUCAACUCCUCGUCUUCAUUCAUCGAUCCACUCCUGUUGAGUACAAAUUGACCAAUGGCGGAGACCUCAUAAGGACUGACAUUAAGGUAGCUGAUGAUACACGGUCGUUUUUCUCUGUAUCAUUAUGGCAGAAGAAAAUGGCAGCCGCUGCAAUUCCAGGCGAUGUUGUAUUGUUGCAGAAUGUAAAACUAAGGAAAUUCGGAGAUUCAACUGAGGCAACAACUGUUCAUUGUUCUUCCCUAGCCAGUAUAAUCCAUCCUUAUGAAACACUUGUCUCUGAAGGUGUAGACGAAUUAACGGCCAAUUGUCGAGUUGGUUUAGCAGCUAAAGAAAAGCUGAGGAAGGUUGUAGAAUGGGCGAAGGGGGCUGGUUCUACCUUCCAGAACAUAAGAUUGCCUAGAGACCAAAAAACUAACCAGUUCUUCCGGAACUGGAAGUUGCCUGCAAAGGAGAUGUCCAGAGACUGUCUCUCGCUAUCCGAAGUAUCAUGUCUUACUGAAUCAUGCAAGGUUAUAUUUGAUGCAUCAAUUGGGGAAAUAUUUUUAUUAUCCCCCUGGAUGAAUAUCGAUGAACUUCAAAAAGAGAAGUUGUUUGUCAGCAGGCGAUUGUCUAACGAAAAAGAUUUUGGUUUGGCAGAAGAUCUCAUUUGCACUGGUUGCCAGUUGUGUGGUUCGCCUUUAGGUCUGGAAAAUGGGUCUGUGGAUAAUCAGAUUUCCGUUCCACUUUGUUGUUCAAAAAGCUUGAACCGGCUUCAUGUAGUAAGCAUGAUAUAUAGGCCUUUCAUGUUAUACGUAUGGGAUGAAUCAGAAUGCAUUCCUCUGCUUGUUAAGAAUCAAGCUGCAGAAAUCUUGUUCGGUAACAUCAAAGCUGAAAAGAUUUAUUCUAACUAUAGUUGCCAAAAAUCCAAUUUCCAUCCUAACUCAAAUGUUGUUGCUGAAUCAAGUGGAGCAUUCGGGAAAGGAGAGAGGCCUUCUAAAAAUAUAUAUCUAAUCUGGUUGAUUUUUCUGAAAAUGUUGUUAGAACAAGGAAAAAACAGCCCUCUUAAAUUUGAAGUAAUGGUUAAUACGAGCAUGGAUAAAGAGAAUGGGAGAUUUGAGAUGGUUUCUUCGUCAUUUCCAUGCUCCUUAUUGAUCAACCGGUCUUCGGACUGAUCACAUCCAAUGCUCUAUCGUAAUGUAAGAAUUCACGAUGAAAUUAUGGACAAACAUUUGAAAAAUCGAAGAAAAGCAAAAUUGUAUUUUAUGUAUUCAAAUAUUUAGAGAAAAUAUUGAAGUGAAGGAUAGGCAAGUGAAGAAACGUUAUGCAUAAAGAUUUAAUUG